AUGUCACGUAUUCUUCAAUCAGUAAGCGGUCAAAAUUUUGGAGGUCAAGGGGCUCCUCCAAGAGUUGUGGUCUGGGAAUGGUUGAAUGAGCAUGGACGUUGGAGACCAUAUACUGCAACUGUGUGCCAUCAUAUUGAGAAUGCUUUACGAGAAGACGGACGGGGACGGGUGGCAUUAGGGCAGGUGGACACACAGCUAACGCCAUACGUCAUUGACCUUCAGACUAUGCACCAGUACCGCCAGGACACAGGGACCGUCCGCCCAGUAAGACGCAGUUUUUUUGAACCAUCUUCUGCCCCAGGCAAGGGUAUCGUAUGGGAAUGGGAAAAUGAUGCAGGCUCCUGGACUCCUUAUGAUACAGAAAUCUGCAUUGCUAUCCAGAAUGCCUAUGAGAAGCAGCACCCUUGGCUGGACCUCACUACACUUGGUUUCUGCUACUUGGUGCAUUUCCAUAGCAUGUGUCAAGUCAACCGGCAAACACAUCGUAAACGACGACUAAGGAGGCGCAUGGAUCUUGCAUAUCCUUUGACAAUGGGAUCCAUUCCUAAGUCUCAGUCGUGGCCUGUGGGGUCUGGUUCUGGAUUACCUUGUUCUUGCCCCCAGUGUCUGCUAGUAAACAGUACUAGAGCAGCUUCUAAUGCUAUCCUAGCAUCACAGAAAGUUAAGGUCCCCCCUGGGCCUCCACCCAACUUGCCUCCACCCCCUCCCCCUCCACUACAUCCAUCUGGAAUAAGACAGAGCGUUACGUAUAGUGGGGGAGCUGCAGGUUGGGGAAGACCAGGAGAAGGAGGUCGUCCUGCAGGAGGAAUCAGAAAUAGCUCUCGUAGUCAAAGUGUACCAGGAUCAACAGCUUACCCAGGACAGAACAAUCUGAACAGACCAGGAGUACAGAGAACCAGUGGGAGCAGCAGUAGGGCAUCUAUCCCUCCGGGUGUGCCCGCUCUCCCUGUAAAGAAUCUAAAUGGAACCGGCCCUGUGCAUCCGGCCUUGGCAGGAAUGACUGGUAUUCUGAUGUGUGCAGCUGGACUGCCUGUGUGCUUAACCAGAGCCCCUAAACCUAUACUGCACCCACCUCCUGUCAACAAAGAGGACAUCAAACCUGUGAGCGGCAUCAGUGGCAUCUGUCGAAAGACCAAAAAGAAACACCUGAAGAAAAGUAAGAACCCAGAAGAAGUAGUGCGAAGAUACAUCCAAAAAGUAAAGUCACCGCCAGAUGAGGAUUGUACUAUUUGCAUGGAACGUCUGGUCACUGCUUCGGGAUAUGAGGGGGUCCUAAAUUAUAAAGGAAUACGAUCAGAUCUGGUUGGAAAAUUAGGGAAAUGUAAUCACAUGUACCAUGUGCUCUGUCUGGUGGCCAUGUACAACAAUGGUAAUAAGGACGGCAGCUUGCAGUGUCCCACAUGUAAAGCAAUUUAUGGGGAGAAAACAGGCACCCAACCUCCCGGGAAGAUGGAGUUUCAUGUUAUUCCUCACUCGCUUCCUGGAUUUCCUGAGUAUAAGACUAUUCGCAUAGUGUAUGAUAUUCCAAGUGGGAUGCAGGGCCCUGAGCAUCCGAACCCAGGGAAGAAGUUCACAGCCCGAGGAUUUCCACGUCACUGUUACUUGCCAGAUAAUGACAAAGGAAGGAAGGUGUUACGACUGUUGGUGGCAGCAUGGGAUCGGCGUCUGAUAUUUGCUAUUGGUACCUCAAGCACGACAGGGGAAUCCAAUACGGUGGUGUGGAAUGAGAUUCAUCACAAGACUGAGUUUGGGUCCAACCUUACAGGUCACGGAUACCCCGAUCCUAACUAUUUAGACAAUGUUCUAGCUGAACUUACUUUGCAGGGAGUGACUGAAGAGAAAGCAUUGCCCUAUUAAGCAAAGCUCUGGACCCUUUCAUAAAUAUGGAGCCAACAGCAUCAGUUGAGUACCAUUAACAACUACUGUCUCCAACUUUUUCAGGGGAUGUAAUUCAGCCAGUACUGGGAAACCCAGCAAAAUCACUUUGCUGUAGUUAAAGAGCAGAGAAUCCAAGAUAACCAACAUUGUAGGUGGAGCAUGGCAUCAUUCUUCAUAGCAUCCUGGUCUCCAGAGGCAGCACCAGCUGCAGAGCAUCCAUUUACAGAGCAUGAUGUUUUUACUAAAAAAUGAGCGUUGUUCCACUGGGUGGUGACAAUUUAUUGAAUGUAGGGGAGACAUAAUGGCUUUCUGUAUCACAGAAUCAGGUCAAUGGUGGCACAUUCUUUAAUAGGCUGUGAGAAAUACAAUGCGUUGGCCUCUGUAUAACGGCAGAAAACUCUAAAGGGUCAUAUGUUUCCCUCUUACUAUCAUUUUAAAGAAGAGACCAAGAGCCUCCCGUCUCUCAUCACCUGUGUGAUCAAUAUAGAUGUUGUGUGAAGUCCGUGGGCUAUGUGGUCAAAAUUAUGAAGGUAUAUCCUCCUUAGCAAUGCUAAAAAUAAGCAGGCUCCGAGUUGUGAGCAGUAAGACAUGUUUACAAGCCAGUAUGCUGGGAUUUUACGGGUUACCUACAAUUAAGAUGUAGCAAUUGUCAUCAUAUUAAACGGAAUGCUUCAUACCUUAUAUAAAGUCGGCAUUACUAUCAUUAUGUCAUUGUGGUAAUGCAUUCCUUCAUUGUGUUUCUAUCAUGACAAACCAUCUAUUCACAGUUUUUCUUCUA